UUGUAAAAAUAAAUCAUACAACUAAAUGUGUAUGUUAGGAAAGGCGUGGAGAGCUUAAUAAACAACCAAAAAGGCGGCCUUCUACAGUUGCCGACAACGCACAGUCGACAACGAUAGGUCGGUGGUUGUGCGGUGGAGUCAGUGGCCGAAGACGACGGUCCUGAGGAUUGCGACUGCCGCGUUUAUUGUCAGUACGACGCACGUGGUGUGCGUUGGAACAGACUGUUAACUUCGGAGCGUCGUCGCCGUCACCGUCUCGUUCGUCAGAAACCGCCAAAAAGUGCGAAAUACUAAAAAGAUAUUUAUAAUACUGAAUUUUUUUUCGCUGACGUUCUUUUUUUACGUUUAUCCAUUUUAAAGUGUUAAAAACUAUUGCUUUAGUGCUCCAUAAACAAUAAACCCGUUUUACUACCCGUUUUACUGGAUUAAAGAAACAUCAACGAAUAGGACUUAUCAAUUAAAUUUCAACUUCUAAAGUGCGUAUGUCCGAUGAGGUUUGCAACGUACUGGACACAGUCUUCGUGAAGUCGCCGUCUCGAUGCGGCGGGACCAGGCACAGGGACAUCCGAUGAAUACGACCUGCACGUGGUCGCCUACCGUCGGCCACCGGCUCCGGUCCAGCAUAACUUAGAAAGUAGAAGCGGAACGAACUGGCAAACGGCCGGUUAAAACACAUGAUUUCCGCUCUGGAAGUGGCCGCGUUCGGCAAUGAUAGCUCGCCGUUGACGGCCGUUGUCGCCGGGAACCAGACAAACGACACUGGAUCUAACGACACCGCCGCCAGUGUCAUCCAGUUCCUGGACGCAGAGCUCACAUUUCCUGGCUACAUACGCAUCACUUCUAUAGUGGUAUGUGUCAUUAUUCUGGGCGUGGGAGUGGUUGGCAACAUAAUGGUACCUAUAGUCAUCCUCAAGUCUAAGGAUAUGCGUAACUCAACCAACAUUUUCCUAAUAAAUUUGAGCAUUGCCGAUCUCAUGGUAUUGCUUAUAUGCACUCCCACCGUAUUUGUCGAAGUAAAUUCUCAACCAGAAACAUGGGUGCUCGGUGAAGAACUCUGUAAGGCCGUGCCAUUCGUCGAACUCACUGUGGCUCACGCAUCAGUAUUAACUAUACUGGCCAUCAGCUUUGAACGGUACUACGCCAUUUGCGAACCACUUAGGGCAGGUUACGUGUGCACGAAAACCAGAGCAAUGGUUAUUUGCCUGCUGGCGUGGGGUCUAGCAGCAUUGUUCACUAGUCCCAUGUUAGACCUACCGGAUUACCGUUGGGAGAGGUACGUGGACAACACCAUGGUUACGGUAUGCCAAACCAAUGUCACCGGUUUCUGGCCCGUUUUUUUCUUUGUCGGAACCAUAUCGUUGUUCUUUGUCUUGCCAUUAGCUGUACUCGCAAUACUGUACGUUAUCAUCGCCCAGCACUUGACUGCCAACUCUGGUAUUGUGGCGCCCAACACUAACCGGGCGGCGCUUAGAUACCGUCGACAAGUUGUACUCAUGUUAGGCACAGUCGUGGCUUCUUUCUUUUUGUGCCAAUUGCCGUUCCGCGCCCUCAUUUUGUGGAUUGUUCUUGCGCCCCCCGACUAUAAUCUCUUCGAGGUGUUCGGCGGCAUGUACAAUUACUAUAUGGUCUUGCUAUUUUGCCGCAUGAUGUUGUACAUAAACUCGGCGUUUAACCCGAUCUUAUAUAAUCUCAUGUCGUCCAAGUUCCGAGACGGAUUUCGGCGGUUGUGUGGUAUCCGCCGGCGGCCAUGGAAUCAUCGUCAUCUGGGACGUAAGGGCACGGUGACCACCACAUCCGCACACACUGGUACUACCGGCACGUCAUCUAGUCAACGCGGUGAUCCUGGUGAAACUGUUGCUUUGAUCACCGCCAAUAUGUACACGAAGAUGAAACGAAACGGCAUCACUGUCAUAUCAAUCGAAGAGCAUUCCAAGUCGGAAGCUAUCAUCAGACGACUUAAUAUUACCACCAGCAUUCUGAAAUUACAACAAGAGAGUUACGUUUAGUGCAGCUAUCACUUUUGCCAGUGGUUAGGUGGGCCCAAGUUGACAGAAUUCUUUUGAUUAAUUUAGCUGCAAUUAAAUGCCGCCCCUUCUAGUUUAGUUCUCAAAAUCCAUUUACUAGGUAUGAAGAGAGUUAUGUUUUUAUUAGUAUGUAGUCCCUUUUGGAGUUUUUCCCUUUAAUCACUGCCUUUAAGUUACAUUCUUUAAUUGGUGAAACCAAUAUUUUUUUAAGCACAUAUCACACUGUUACAUAUCCCGUCGCUUUCGUCAAUUUUUCAAAUGUUAUACUUUUUUUUGUUGCAAUCUGUAAUCCAAACCAAAUACUAUCGUCAGAUAGUAAAAAAUAAUAAAUAAAUCUUCAGCCAAAAAAUUCGUAAUUUGUAAAAAUCAUGUUUGUCGUCAUUUCAGUCAUAACGAUUGUUUGUACAAUUUUUCUAUUUAAAAUGAUUACUGUUAUCUUAUAAAAUAAUAAUGGUUUUAAUUAUAAUUAAAACACAAUGAAAUCGUUUUUAACUUUGCAUUAAUAGUUUUUUCAUGUCAAUAUUCCUAAAUUGUAGAAGUUGAACAAAUUACUUUGGACCAUAUUUUAAUAUAUUUAUUACAAUUCAUAUUAUCACAGUAACAAUUAUAAUCCUAUCACUAAGAGUACUCAGCCAGCAGUCGUGCUUACAGAAUUAAACUAAUAAAAAAAUCCGACUCUUCGCUAUAAAGCACUAAUUUGCUGUUUACUAAUUUUAAGCUGGUACUAUAGAGAAAAUCUAAUUGUACAUUCUAACUAUAAAACUUAGUAAAUUACAUUUUUUUUCACGAUAGAACGAUAAAAGAUACACUGUUUGUAAUUAAGUACUAAUGGAUUCAGGUAUAAAGUCUAAAAAAAACUAAUCUUAAAAAAGAUUGCUCACUGAAUGUUACUCUCUUGAUCCAUUGAGUGAUCAAAAAACUAUCAAUUAAAAUAAGUGUUUUUUAAUGUAUAAUGUUAUUGUAAAAUAAAUAAUAUAAAUUUUUCAGUUACCUUGUUUUUGUUUGAACAUGUAUCUAAUUUCGCAUAAACUCUAAAUGUACUAUUUUUUUUUACAAACAAGAUGUUAAGCCAAUAAAUAUAUAUUUAUCUCAGA